AUGCCCAGCCACCUCUCCAAACUCCUCGCACUCCCGUCAAUCGCCGCAGCCGCAACCGCGCCCGCAGCCGCGGCCGACCUCCCCGCGGCCUUCUUCCUCGCGGGCGACAGCACGACGGCGACGGACGGCGGGUGGGGGGACGCGUUCCUCGCGGCGACGCUCGCGGGCGGGGCGUGGGGCACCAACUUCGCGAAAGGCGGGGCGACGACGGCGAGCUUCCGCGCCGGCGGCUACUGGGACUCGACCAUCGCGGCCGUGAGGAACGUGUCGGCGGGCGGGGAGUAUGAGGCGUGGGUGACGAUUCAGUUUGGUCACAACGACCAGAAAGCUUCGGCCAACAUCACGAUCGAAGAGUUCUCAGCCAAUCUCGGGGCGUUUGUCGACGAGGUGCGCGACGCGGGCGGCAACCCGAUUCUGGUUUCGUCGCUGUCACGUCGCGGCUAUUCUGGCGACCCGGAGCGCAUCGUGGAGAACCUGGCCAACGAGACGGCGGCGGCGCUGGCGGUGGCCGAGGAGAAGGGGGCGCUGUCCAUCGACCUGAACAGAGCAUCGACCGACUACCUGAACGCGAUUGGCAGCGCCGACGCUUGGACGUACAACCUCACCCCGGACGACAAGACGCACCUGAACGAGGCGGGGGCGGCCGUGUUCGGCAACAUGGUGGCGUGGCUGCUGGACAAUAGCGCUGAGGGCGGCCUUCUGGCGCAGUACAGCGUGGCGGGCGACGGGUACGUGCAGGCGUUUGAGAGCGGCACCUUCAUCGCCGAGUAG